CAGCGACCGGUUUAACUCCCCGAUGAGGUGCGAUCAGGAGGAGGACGAGCUGCUGGAGGAGGAGGAGGAGCAGGAGGAAGAGGCCAGUGGUCCGCGGCCGGUGCAGAUCGUGUCGGCGGAUGAGGAGGAGCACUCGUUCUCGCUGCAGGAGGAGGCGCUGGAGCGGCUGCUGCUGCAGGACGCCGUGCAGGACCUCCACGUGGUCGUGGUCUCCGUGGCCGGAGCUUUCCGCAAGGGCAAGUCCUUCCUGCUGGACUUCAUGCUGCGCUACAUGCACAGACAGUCGGGUUCGUGGGUCGGCAGCGACGACGAGCCCCUGACUGGCUUCAGCUGGCGAGGAGGCUGCGAGAGGGAGACCACGGGCAUCCUGGCCUGGAGCGAGGUGUUCGUGGUGGAGAAACCAGACGGCUGCAAGGUUGCAGUUCUACUAAUGGACACACAGGGGGCGUUUGACAGCCAGUCGACCAUCAAAGACUGCGCCACGCUGUUCGCCCUGAGCACCAUGACGAGCUCCGUCCAGGUGUACAAUCUCUCCCAAAAUGUCCAGGAAGACGACCUGCAGCAUCUCCAGCUCUUCACAGAGUACGGACGGCUGGCCAUGGAGGAGGUCUACGAGAAACCUUUUCAGUCUCUGAUGUUCCUGAUCAGAGACUGGAGCUACCCCUACGAACAUCCGUACGGUCUGACGGGAGGACAGAGCUUCCUGGAGAAGAGACUGCAGGUGAAGCAGAACCAACACGAGGAGCUGCAGAACGUCAGGAAACACAUCCACUCGUGCUUCUCCAACAUCGGCUGCUUCCUCCUGCCUCACCCGGGCCUCAAGGUGGCCACCAACCCGCACUUCGACGGACGCCUCAGCGAUAUCGACGAGGAGUUCAAGGCGGAGCUGGUGAACCUCGUCCCGACGCUGCUCGCGCCGGAGAACCUGGUGGAGAAAGAGAUCGGAGGAGUGAAGAUCACCUGCAGAGACCUGCUGCACUACUUCAAAGCUUACAUGAAGAUUUACCAGGGAGAGGAGCUUCCUCACCCCAAGUCCAUGCUGCAGGCAACAGCUGAAGCUAAUAACCUGGCCGCUGUAGCGGGAGCCAAAGACUUGUACAACAAGAGCAUGGAACAGGUCUGCGGCGGAGACCAGCCCUACGUUUCCCCGGCGGAGCUGGAGCGGCGCCACGCGGAGCAGCGCCAGGCCUCGGUGAGGCACUUCCGCUCGGUGAAGAAGAUGGGCGGCGAGGACUUCUGCCGGCGCUACCAGGACCAGCUGGAGGCGGAGCUCGACGAGGCCUACGCCAACUUCAGCAAGCACAACGACGGCAAGAACAUCUUCUUCGCCGCGCGCACGCCCGCCACGCUGUUCGCCGUCAUGUUCGCCAUGUACGUGGUCUCGCUGGUCACGGGCUUCGUGGGCAUCGGCUCCGUGGCCGCGCUGUGUAACCUGGUGAUGGGCGCCGCGCUGACCGCGCUCUGCGUCUGGGCGUACGCCAAGUACUCGGGCGAGUACCGCGAGGUGGGAGCAGUCAUCGACCAGGUGGCCGAAACCCUCUGGGAGCAGAGGACUCCACGAAAGGUUUUCUCCAAGCUCUUCGAAGUGGCUCGGAGUCGAGUCCCGUUGGGGAGCCUGAUCCCGGCGCCGCGGCCCCGGCUCGCCUCAAACAACAACGUCAAGAAGAAAAACUAGCCGCACGCCAUCUCGUUUUCCCGAGGCGUUUCAUCUGUCCUCUCCUUUCACUCUCUGCUCAGUUUUGAAAAAGAUUUUUUUUUUUUUUUAAGACUGUUUGUUUGAGACGUGUAAAUUGAGUUUUUGUUCUCCGACUGUAGACGAAGGUUCCUCGCCGUGCCGGCUGUAGACCCGGACGAAGCAGUGUGACGUAUUUUAGUAUUUGUCAGUGGGCGGGGUCUAGGUAUUUAUUGGUGGGAGGGGCCAUUAUUCUAUCACCGAGCGUCGUCCCGGGUGAGCGUUUGCCCGUCGGACGACUCAGCAUUAAUUUAUGUGAACGUAUGAAUGAAGAGCAUGACCACGCGCCCUCCUCACGAUCCCCCUUCCUGUCCCAACGUCUCCGUCAGGUCUGUUUCUGUCGCUGGGUGGAGUCACUACCAAAGUUUUCAGGUUUACUCUUAGAGGCUCUCAGACUGGCGGGCUGACACAACGCAUUCAGGACUUCAUCAACAAGUCGGUUUCUGGGACAUUUUUUACAGUUUUUCUUACUUACUCUGAAUCACAAACUCAUGGAUGUUUCUAUGUAUCUGUGCGUUUUGAACCACGAUUCCUGCGGUUUAGCUUAAAGGUUCAGUUUGGGUUUUUACUUCUCGGUGGUCUGUGUGUUACCGGUCUCAUGUUGCCACAGCGCUAGCGUUGGGAAUUGUUUGGAUUUUAACGAUUAUCUUUUCCAAAGAACAUUCAUAGUUUCUGGGAGAAAACCUACCGCUGGGUUGAGAAUGAUGUGUGACUGUGUGUAGAGAGAGUGGACAGCGUUCGGACACAGACUCGUGUUCUCGCAACUCUUCAUCUUCCUUCUGACUAGGGAUGCACCAAAUCCAGAUUUUUGGUGUUCGGCCGAAUACCGAAUCCUCCUCCCAUCCUCAGUCCAUGA